AUGUAUUGGCCGGUGACAGCGGUCCUGCUAGCCCACCUCGGGGCCACCUUAACGGGGGCAUGGAGAGCAUCUCAACCAAGACUGCAGUUCACAUACUCUGAACUGAUCCAGAAUGGCCGGCUGCUGACACUGCCCCUAGUGGCGGGAGACCUGCACUCCCUGCUGCCUGAUGAAGAUGGGAGACGUCUAUACGUGGCUAUGAAAGAUAACAUGCUGUCUACCAGUCUGGACGACAUAACACAGAAUCCACGCAAGUUGUAUUGGCCAGCCAGUCCAGACCGUGUCCAAGAAUGCCUCAUGGCUGGGAAGGAUCCAGAGCUUGAGUGUGCUAACUUCCUGCGAGUUCUGCAGCCUUUUAACCAGACUCAUCUGUACGUGUGUGGCACCGGGGCUUUCAACCCUCGAUGUGCUUUCAUUCCUACCAGCAUCUUUCAACAGUCAGAGUACCAGACUCUCUCCUAUAGCCGGACAGAGUGUGGGAAGGGGAAAUGUCCCUAUGAUCCGUUCCAGAAAACAGCGUCAGCUGUUGUUGAUGGAGAGCUUUAUGCUGGCAUCACUUCAGACUUCAUGAGCAGGGACUCUGCCUUCUUCCGUAGUCUUGGUAAUCGUCAUGUCAUCCGCACCGAACAGUACGACUCCACCUGGCUGCAGGAUGCCCAGUUUGUGCGGGUUGCGCCGCUGUCUGAAACUGAUAAUCCAGAAGACGAUAAGGUCUACGUGUUCUUCACUGAGCGCGCUCAGGAGGCCGAGGGGGCUGCUGGGAAGGUGCUCUACUCCAGAGUGGCACGUGUGUGCAAGAAUGACAUUGGAGGCCAGAGGAGUUUAGUUAACAAGUGGAGCACCUUCCAAAAGGCUCGUAUGGUGUGUUCAGUUCCAGGACCAGAUGGCCUACAGACGCACUUUGACCAACUGCAGGACAUCUUUAUCCUCCAGGGGAAAGACAAGAAGAACCCUCUCAUCUAUGGCCUUUUUACCACUUCAAGUGAUAUCCUGAAUGGUUCAGCAGUGUGCGUUUACCGAAUGGAGGAUGUGGUCCGGGCUUUUAAGGGAAACUUCCUUCACAAAGAAGGUCCUCUGUAUAAGUGGGCAGAGUUUACAGGCAAGGUGCCCUACCCGCGACCAGGAACUUGUCCCAGCAGUACAUAUGGAAGCUACAGUUCAACCAGAGAGUAUCCUGACGAUGUCAUCUUCUUCAGCAGGACUCACCCACUGUUGCAGGAGAAUGUGCUGCCACUCGGGGAGCGUCCCCUCCUUGUUAGAGUGGGUGUUCACUACAAGUUCAGCAAACUGCUGGUGGACAGAGUGGAGGCCAUUGACGGCACCUAUGACGUCCUCUUCAUCGGCACAGAUUCUGGUCUGGUGCUGAAGGCCAUCCAUCUGCCCAGAGAACAUGGUCAGAGUCAGGAGGUUACUCUUGAACAGCUGCAGGUCUUCCAGCACAAAUCACCUGUGACAGCUCUGGCACUGUCAAAGAAAAAGCAGUGGUUGUUUGUGGGCUCCAGCGAGGGCGUGUCCCAGCUGGCCCUCUUCCAGUGCGAGCUGUACGGUCAGGCCUGCGCUGAGUGCUGCCUGGCCAGAGAUCCCUACUGUACCUGGGACGGACACGCCUGCAGCCCCUUCAUGCCCACUGUGCGCAGGAGGAAUGCACGUCAUUUAGGGGAGGAUGAGGAUCCGUUAACCCAGUGUGUCAGACAGGGAGCUGGGCUGCAGGUAGAGGCGGAGCAGAGGGUGAUGAUGGUUGCCGAGGGUAACAGUACCUACCUGGAGUGUCUGCCCCGAUCCAGGCAUGCUGCUGUCACCUGGUACAAACAGGCUGGAGAGAAUAGUCCUGAACUAAACCAGGUGGUAACAGGUGACCAAAUGGUUGUGAUUGAGCGGGGUGUCCUGAUUCGUCGGGCCGAGCUGUCUCACGGCGGUGUCUACCACUGUCAGGUGGAAGAGCAUGGCUAUCACUGGACGGCCGUCACCAUCCGCCUUGCUGUCUGGAGUCCUUCAGCCAACCGCCUCCUCGCUUCCUGGUCCAGCUCAUCCUAUCAGAGUGUAACACAGGAAACACAGCCCUGGUACGAGGAUGUGAUGGCGCUGAUUCAUCCAAGAAACCUCGGUCAGCACUGCCGCGCCCUGGGAUAUAGGCCCCCACGCAACCACCGUCGCCAUGGUGAUGUCAUGGUGGAGCCCAACAAGGAGAAAGAAAAGGGGGAGAGGCACAAGCAUGGGGGUGGAAGAGGAGGAGGAGGAGCAAGAGCAGCGGGCAGGAAGAGCAGGAGCAAGCCGCAGCAGAGAGCACCGAGGAGCGCUUGA